UCCUGCCCCAACCCCACCCACCGGGCUCCUCUCCCCCAGCUCCCGAGCCUCGCGCUCCAUCCCAGAGCGCCCGCGCCUCCUCCGCCCGUCGCUCUCGCCCGCAGCUCGGACGCAGCCGGGGCGCUCGGGCAGAGCCCGCGGCGCGCGCGGGGCAUGCGCUCCAUGAGGGCUCUGCAGAACGCGCUGAGCAGGGCCGGCAGCCGCUGCCGGCGGGGAGGCUGGGGUCACCCGAGUCGGAGCCCUCUCCUUGGCGGGGGCGUCCGGCACCACUUCAGUGAGGCCGCGGCGCAGGGCAGAGAGCCGCCGCACAUCCACCAGCCGCUGCGCCAGGAUGAGGAUGCAACACAGAGUGGCAUGCUGUCCCGCCUGGGUGACCUGCUCUUCUACACCAUUGCCGAGGGACAGGAACGCAUUCCGAUCCACAAGUUCACCACCGCACUGAAGGCCACUGGGCUGCAGACCUCAGACCCCCGGCUCCGGGACUGCAUGAACCAGAUGCGCCGCACGGUUCGAGAGUCCAGUAGCGGUGGCCUCUUGGAUCGAGAUCUCUUCCAAAAGUGUGUGAGCAGCAACAUUGUGCUCCUGACCCAGGCUUUCCGGAAGAAGUUCGUCAUUCCUGAUUUUGAGGAGUUCACGGGCCACGUGGAUCGCAUCUUUGAGGAUGCCAAAGAGCUCACUGGAGGCAAAGUGGCAGCCUACAUCCCUCAGCUGGCCAAGUCAAACCCAGACCUGUGGGGCGUCUCCCUGUGUACGGUGGACGGUCAGCGGCACUCCGUGGGCCACACAAAGAUCCCCUUCUGCCUGCAGUCCUGUGUGAAGCCCCUCACCUACGCCAUCGCCAUCAGUACCCUGGGCACUGACUAUGUGCACAGAUUUGUGGGCAAGGAGCCCAGUGGCCUGCGCUACAACACGCUCUCCCUCAAUGAGGAAGGAAUCCCCCAUAACCCUAUGGUCAAUGCUGGUGCCAUCGUUGUCAGCUCCCUGAUCAAGAUGGACUGUAACAAAGCGGAAAAGUUUGACUUUGUGUUGCAGUAUCUGAACAAAAUGGCUGGGAAUGAAUACAUGGGGUUCAGCAAUGCCACAUUUCAGUCAGAGAAGGAGACUGGGGAUCGGAAUUACGCCAUCGGCUAUUAUCUCAAGGAAAAGAAGUGCUUUCCUAAUGGGGUGGACAUGAUGGCCGCCCUUGAUCUCUACUUCCAGCUGUGCUCCGUGGAGGUCACCUGUGAAUCGGGCAGCGUCAUGGCAGCCACCCUUGCCAAUGGUGGGAUCUGCCCCAUCACCGGCGAGAGCGUGCUGAGCGCUGAAGCAGUGCGCAAUACCCUCAGCCUCAUGCAUUCCUGCGGCAUGUAUGACUUCUCCGGCCAGUUUGCCUUCCACGUGGGCCUGCCAGCCAAGUCAGCCGUGUCAGGGGCCAUUCUGCUGGUGGUACCCAAUGUUAUGGGAAUGAUGUGUCUGUCACCUCCCUUGGAUAAGCUCGGGAACAGCCACAGGGGCAUCAACUUCUGCCAGAGGUUGGUGUCUCUUUUCAACUUCCACAACUAUGACAACCUGCGGCACUGUGCGCGGAAGUUGGACCCACGGCGUGAAGGGGGAGAAGUCCGGAACAAGACGGUGGUGAACCUGCUAUUUGCUGCCUAUAGUGGAGAUGUCUCAGCUCUGCGAAGGUUUGCCUUGUCAGCCAUGAAUAUGGAACAGAAAGACUACGACUCCCGCACGGCUCUGCAUGUUGCUGCAGCUGAAGGACACACUGAAGUUGUUAAAUUCCUGAUCGAGGCUUGCAAAGUGAAUCCUUUUGUCAAGGACAGGUGGGGCAACAUUCCUCUGGACGAUGCUGUGCAGUUCAACCACCUGGAGGUGGUCAAACUGCUCCAAGAUUACCAGGACUCCUACGUACUCUCUGAGACCCAGGCUGAGGCCGAAGCUGAGGCCCUAUCCAAAGAAAAUUUAGAGAGCAUGGUGUGAUCCCGGGUCAUGGACAGUCCCUGCUUAAGCAUGAGCUGGCCACACACUUAACCUAUAACCACCAAAAAUGCUAUGGAGCUACAGUGCUUCAGUGAGCACCAAGAAAUUCAUUUGGUGACACAGCCCAGUGCUUUCUGUGAGUCACUAUACCCAGCCCCUUUGCAGACCUCAAGGACAGAAGAGGGCCUCCGUGGACACUUGCAGUAGAACCAUCCAUAGAGACUGUGGGCUUCUUUAAGGUACAGCCUGAUGGCUUGGCCCAGUGACAACCACCCCAGGCCUUCACCUGGGUUCCCUCCUCCUCUCCCUGAAGCAACCAUCACGUGAGAAACUCGGUGGAGGGGCUCCAGCUAUCAAGCACAUGUGUGAGUGAACAGAGUAAGACAAAAGGAGGGCCUGAGCACCUGGCCUUAGGAGUCUGGACAGAUGUGGCCCCCUUAGGCAGGACUUGCUGCUGCUACUGUUAACAGCAAUUUUAUAGACAGAGAACGUAUUUUGUGCUCAAAUAAAGUUUAAUUACACAAACUAUAA